AUGUUAACUAAUAAAAAAUCUCAAUUGUUUUCUAUUGAAAAUAUAUUACAACAAUCAGAUCAUUUUAAUCAUUCAAAUAUAAAUCAAAAUGAUGAAAUAGAACCUUUCACUAAUCAAUAUCAUUCAGACUACAGUUUGAACAUCCAUACAGUAGAUGACAAUAAUUCACUGAAUGAAUCUUUAAUAUAUUCAAAGUAUAAUCUGAAACAGUUAAAUGAAAUUGAACACCACACAUCUAAAUAUCCGGAUUAUUAUACUCGUCAAAAUGAUCAUGAUCAUGAUCAUCAUUAUGAACAUCAACGGCAACAACAAGCAUAUCGACGAAAACGUACUGCUUUUACUCAAUCUCAAUUAUUCUGUUUAGAACAAAGUUUUUUAUGUCAAAGAUAUUUGAGUGUUUUAGAACGUGCUGAAUUAGCUGCACAUUUAGGUUUAUCAGAAGCACAAAUAAAGACAUGGUAUCAAAACAGACGAACUAAAUGGAAACGUCAAAUGACUACAAUACUACGUAAUAAAGAUUCAAACAGAAAUGGAUUAAUUGAGCCAUUUAAUUUAAAAAUCACUUCAUCAUGUAAUCAACAAACAGAAGCUUUUCAAUAUCAAAUUAUUUCUAAUGAAAGAAUUAAUGAGAAAUUUUCUAUUCAGAAAGGUUACAAAAUGAUAAGUGAACUAUUACAACAUAUUAGAACUAGUUGA